AUGGCUGUAGAGGGAGAGAGACAAAAGAUCGUGGUAGUAGGAGCUGGCCCUGUUGGUGCUCUUGCUGCUAUUUAUGCGGCGCAAAGAGGUCACGAUGUAGAGAUCUACGAGCUGAGAAGCGACCUUCGAGACCCAUCAACAACACCCCUCAACUUCUCAAGAUCAAUCAACCUCGCCCUCUCAGAACGAGGAAUCAACGCAAUGAGACACUCCGGUCGUACCGAUCUAUUAGAGAAAGUACUCAGCGAAACAAUCCCUAUGAGAGGUAGAAUGAUCCAUAGCAAAACCUUAUCAGGAGAAUUUAUCGAGCAGUCACAAGACUACGAUAUCUAUGGACGAGCACUCCACGCAGCCGAUCGAGGUAGCCUAAACAAGACCCUCCUCGACGAACUUGAGACUAUGCCUAACGUCAAAUUCUUCUUCAGCCACAAACUCACAGGCGCCGACUUUAAGGCCUGCAAAGCUUGGUUCGAGAUCUCGCAUUCCGAGUCUUCCAAAGACACUACAGGAACGCGAGCACGGGAAGUAGAGAUUGAAUUCGACCUGAUGAUCGGUGCUGAUGGAGCUCAUUCCGCUGUACGGUAUCAUCUCAUGAAGUAUGCGAGAUUGGACUAUGAGCAGACGUAUAUUGAUACGCUCUGGUGUGAAUUCUCGAUUGAGGCGAAAGAGGUCCAAGGGAGUGGGGAUCCAUCAGACAAGUUUGCCAUCUCACCGAAUCAUUUACAUAUUUGGCCUGGGAAGGAUUUUAUGUUUAUUGCCAUUCCCAGCUCGGAUGGCUCAUUUACAUGUACACUCUUUCUCCCCUCUUCUCACUUUAGCGUCCUCGAAGCAACCCCUUCUACUAUCCCCUCCUUUUUCGACGCCCACUUCCCGGGCGUAACAUCUAUUAUCCCGCCUUCCAGCCUAAUCCAGUCCUUCACAACCAACCCGCACCUUCCCCUUAUCAGCAUCAAAUGCCAACCCUACCACUACGGCUCCUCAGUCGUGAUAAUCGGCGACGCCGCCCACGCCAUGGUCCCCUUCUACGGCCAAGGAAUGAACGCUGGUCUUGAAGACGUCUUUGUCUUAUUCUCUAUCCUAGAUUCUCACUCCCCCUCGCCUUCCUCCCUCGUAUCUACCUACUCCCUCGGCCACGCACUCGCCACCUACUCUACGCACCGGCGUCCUGACGCCCAUGCCAUCAAUGACCUAGCCUUGCAGAACUAUACUGAGAUGCGCGCGUCUGUAAUCUCCCCAUUGUACAAAGCGCGGAAAUAUCUUGAAGAGCACCUAUCUAUUUGGCUACCUGGCCUAGGGUGGAGGACAAAGUACUCGAGAGUAAGUUUUGGGAAUGAGAGGUAUAGGGAGGUGGUGAGAAGUGACGAGAGGCAGGGGAGGUUGUUGAUGAGUUUGCUUGGAGGGUUAAGUGUUGGAGGUCUAGGAGGGCUGAUUGGGCUGGGGAUUUGGGGCUUAAGAUUAGUAAGGGGGAGGAGGGGAGGGGAGUUUUAGAUUUAGUGAAGAUUAGGGAAGUUUUCAAGUAGUUAAGUAGCUGAGUGUUACUAUUAGAUUAAGAGUAGGAAGCAGCUGGUAUAGACGUUGACGAAUGUUGGUAACUGAGGGAUACCUAUGUAUUUGUACUUUACGAUCAGUAAAAUCUUCUAGAGACUCUAUUUAUUUAUGCUCAAAGGCAGUGUGUU